CGUUGUCGCCGAGGAUCGCUUGGACCCCAGCAUCGUCAGCGGCGAGCCAUUCUGACUCUCUACCGUGCCGUCGUCGCGAUCGGCCCGGUGUGAGCGUCAUUAAUCAGGGACCUCACCGUCGAAAAAAAGUUCAGAGAAAGAGUCCGGUGAGCCUUCAGUCCUUCGCAAGCGGCUGACUUGCUUCAAAGAUGGAGCACGGCCACGCGAAGACCUACCAGGAGGUGCUUCAGUUCUUCCAGACGGACGCCGACCGCGGUCUGUCCGAAAGCCAAGUGAAGAAAUACCAGGAGAAGUAUGGCCCGAACGAAUUGCCCGCCGAGGAAGGCAAGGCUCUCUGGCAGCUCAUUCUAGAGCAAUUCGAUGAUCUGCUCGUGAAAAUUCUGCUGCUCGCCGCCAUCAUCUCUUUCGUGCUCGCCCUGUUCGAGGCGGACGAGGAGGAGGGAUCGGUCACCGCCUUCGUUGAACCUUUCGUUAUCCUGUUGAUUCUGAUCGCCAACGCCGUCGUGGGAGUGUGGCAGGAACGGAAUGCUGAAUCCGCCAUCGAGGCCCUCAAGGAAUACGAACCCGAAAUGGGCAAGGUGGUCCGUGGAAAUAAACAGGGCGUCCAGAAAAUCCGCGCCAAGGAGAUCGUCCCCGGAGAUCUCGUUGAGGUGUCGGUCGGUGACAAAGUUCCCGCCGAUAUCCGUCUCGUCAAGAUCUACUCGACGACCCUCCGUGUCGACCAGUCCAUCCUGACUGGUGAGUCCGUGUCUGUGAUCAAACACACCGACGCCGUUCCCGAUCCUCGUGCCGUCAACCAAGACAAGAAGAACAUCCUCUUCUCCGGUACGAACAUCGCCUCUGGAAAGGCUCUCGGUAUCGUCAUCGGUACCGGUGUCGAGACCGCCAUCGGUAAAAUCCGUACCGAAAUGGCCGAGACCGAGGAAGUGAAAACUCCCCUCCAACAGAAACUCGAUGAGUUCGGAGAGCAGCUCUCCAAGGUCAUCACCCUCAUCUGUAUCGCUGUUUGGGCCAUCAACAUCGGUCAUUUCAACGAUCCCGCCCACGGAGGAUCCUGGAUCAAGGGUGCCAUCUACUACUUCAAGAUCGCUGUCGCUCUGGCUGUGGCUGCCAUCCCUGAGGGUCUCCCCGCUGUAAUUACCACUUGCUUGGCUCUGGGAACGCGCCGUAUGGCCAAGAAGAAUGCCAUCGUUCGUUCCCUGCCUUCCGUAGAGACCCUCGGAUGCACCUCGGUCAUCUGCUCUGACAAGACCGGAACGCUCACCACCAACCAGAUGUCUGUAUCUCGCUUCUUCCUCGUCGACUACGCCGAAGGAAACGACGUCAACUUCCACGAAUUCGAAGUCACCGGUUCGACCUACGAGCCGAUCGGUGAGGUGUUCAAGAACGGAUCCCGCGUCGACCCCGGAGACUAUGAAGCCCUCGUCGAGCUUUCCACAAUCUGCAUCAUGUGCAACGACUCCUCCAUCGACUUCAACGAGUACAAACAGGCUUUCGAGAAGGUCGGUGAGGCCACCGAAACCGCUCUGAUCGUCCUCGCCGAGAAGAUCAACCCUCUGAAAUUCGACAAGUCCGGCAAGUCUCGUCGUGACGCCGCCCUCACCGUUUCCCACGGAAUCCAAUCCAUGUGGAAGAAGGAAUACACCCUCGAGUUCUCCCGCGACAGGAAAUCCAUGUCCUCGUACUGCGUCCCCACCAAGCCCAACAAGCUCGGACCUGGCUCGAAAAUGUUCAUCAAGGGCGCUCCGGAAGGCGUGCUCGACCGUUGCUCCCACGUCCGCAUCGGCGACAAGAAGUUCCCGAUGACCACCGCUCUCAAGGAGAAAAUCCUCGCCACCACUCGUUCCUACGGAACCGGGCGUGACACCCUCCGGUGCUUGGCUCUCGCCACCCUUGACUCGCCUCCCCGAACCGACGAGAUGGAGCUCGGAGACUCCACCCAGUUCAUCCGCUACGAAGUCGGUCUCACAUUCGUCGGUGUCGUCGGUAUGCUCGACCCCCCUCGCAAGGAAGUAUUCGACUCCAUCCAACGCUGCCGUGCCGCCGGUAUCCGAGUCAUUGUCAUCACCGGUGACAACAAGGGAACCGCUGAGGCCAUCUGCCGCAGAAUCGGUGUUUUCACCGAAGACGAGGACACCACCGGACUUUCCUACUCUGGCCGUGAAUUCGAUGAUUUGCCCAUUGACGAACAGCGAGCCGCUACUCAGCGCGCGCGUCUCUUCUCCCGUGUGGAACCCGCUCACAAGUCCAAGAUCGUUGAGUUCCUCCAAGCCGAUGGCGAGAUCUCUGCCAUGACCGGUGACGGUGUGAACGACGCCCCCGCGCUGAAGAAAGCCGAAAUCGGUAUCGCCAUGGGAUCCGGAACCGCCGUCGCGAAAUCCGCCGCCGAGAUGGUGUUGGCUGACGAUAACUUCUCCUCGAUCGUCGCCGCCGUUGAGGAAGGCCGUGCCAUUUACAACAACAUGAAACAAUUCAUCCGUUAUUUGAUUUCGUCGAACAUCGGUGAGGUCGUGUCGAUUUUCCUCACCGCCGCUCUCGGUCUUCCCGAAGCGCUCAUCCCGGUGCAGCUUCUCUGGGUGAACUUGGUCACUGACGGUUUGCCCGCCACUGCUCUCGGAUUUAAUCCUCCAGAUCUUGAUAUUAUGGAGCGCCCACCCCGCAAGGCUGACGAAUCCCUGAUCUCCGGUUGGCUGUUCUUCCGUUACAUGGCUAUCGGUGGAUACGUCGGUGCCGCUACCGUGGGCGCUUCAGCUUGGUGGUACAUGGUCGCUCCCGAUGGACCGCAUCUUUCGUUCUACCAAGUGGCUCAUCACUUGCAAUGCGACCCUAAGAACGCCGCCUUCGCGAAUAUCGAGUGCAGCGUAUUCCGCGAUCCGCACCCGAUGACGAUGGCCCUGUCCGUACUUGUGCUCAUCGAGAUGUUGAAUGCUCUCAACUCUCUUUCUGAGAAUCAAUCUCUCCUAGUUAUGCCGCCGUGGACUAACCUGUGGCUCGUCGGCGCCAUGUCUCUGUCCAUGUCGUUGCACUUCCUUGUGCUAUACACCGAUGUCAUGAAUACUGUGUUCAGCGUCUGCCCUCUGAGCGUGGCCGAAUGGAUAGCCGUGUGCAAGAUGUCUAUCCCAGUCGUGAUCCUGGACGAAACCAUGAAGUACAUCGCCAGGACAUACAUCGAUGUGAACGUCGAUGAUAAAUACCGCAAGCCGAGGUUCUGAAACGUCUGAGUUGACCUGCGACCAUUGAGAUCCGGAUCCGAUAUCCCCUCUCGCCGUGAAGUAAACUCCUCAAGCAAGGCUAGCUCGCGAGGUCGUUUCCUGCUCGUGAUCGUGCGACGAAAGUCGCCGUGGCUGGACUCGCCGAAGCUUCCAGGAAACGGUCGAUCACAUUUUAUAAUCUAUGUUAUGAUCAUUAUCACACCAAUUUAUUCAAUAAUUCUGUAGUGGCUCCCUCUUUUGGAACGAGUUGUCAUCACACCGUCGCAAUUUGGACUGUGAGAGAUAGCGCUAGAAACCGUGAUCAUGAUGAAAAAUAGUUGAAAUCAGGAUCGGAAAAUUGCGAGUAGGAGACCCGAGCACUCGGAAUAGUAGUCACGAGCAGAAAUUGAGCGAGAAAGAGAUGCAUUCAUGAAAGAGAGACUUUUCACGAAAGUUGUUCGACAACGACCGUUGUGUCGAGUGAAACCAAACUAGAAACUCCGAUCCGAGGAGAUGACAACGGGUUUGAUAGAGGAUUUUUGUAAAGCGGUUAAGUGGUUGAUUGAGAGUUUAACACUGAUAAAUGAUGAUGUUGAUGACGAUGAUGGCUAUAUCGAGUGACGACUAUGCACAAUUUGAGCACAAGCCCGUUCCAAUAGGGCACCAUAGACGCCACACGAUCACUACUGUACAGUGCCACCUUUUCCAGCUGGUCACUUCCCGGUAUAGUUUUCUUUCGGCGAUCCCUCUCAAACGAGGGACAGCCAUCGACACACAGCGGCGGAGUACCACGCAAAGUCAACAGCGAUAAUCCCAACAUCAUCUUCAGUCAUCGUCUGCCGGCGUUCAGCUGCUGGUUAAGCGAUAGCAGCGGCUCUUUGCAGCUGUUGCUGUGGCUUGCCGGGAAAGCAAGCUCCGUCAUCUCGAAAAACAUCCGAAGCAAGACCACCUGCAACGCCUGCAACGAGGAUAUCGGAAAGCUGUGAACGAAAAAGCAGAAAACAACAACAAACAGGACAACAUGCACUCGGCAGCUGCGGGUUGAUCGUCUGUGAUACCUGCGUUACGAUCCAUAACGCUAGCCGAGACUAUGAUUCAUUUUAAUAAACAGUCAA